UUCUCCAGAGAUGCGUUCGCGAGGUCAUAAGCAGAUCCUGGUGAUGUGUGUUCUUUGCUGAGUGACUCCUCUCCACCCUCCAAGUCCCCCCGCCCCCACAAACCGUAGGGACAGCUGGGGACCUGUCGGGCACAGGCAUGCCAGUGCUGUCUGAAGACUCGGGUUUGCAUGAGACCCUGGCCUUGCUGACCUCUCAGCUCAGGCCUGACUCCAACCACAGGGAAGAGAUGGGCUUCCUGAGGGACGUUUUCAGUGAGAAGAGCCUCAGCUAUUUGAUGAAGAUUCAUGAGAAACUCCGUUACUAUGAGAGGCAGAGUCCCACGCCAGUCCUGCACAGCGCCAUGGCCCUCGCUGAGGAUGUGAUGGAAGAGCUGCAGGCUGCCUCCGUGCACAGUGAUGAGAGGGAGCUGCUGCAGCUGCUGUCCACCCCCCACCUCAGGGCUGUGCUCAUGGUACACGACACAGUUGCCCAGAAGAAUUUUGAUCCUGUUCUGCCCCCUCUGCCUGAUAAUAUUGAUGAGGAUUUUGAAGAGGAAUCAGUGAAGAUCAUUCGUUUGGUGAAGAAUAAGGAGCCUCUGGGUGCGACUAUCCGAAGGGAUGAGCACUCAGGGGCUGUCGUGGUGGCCAGGAUCAUGCGAGGAGGUGCAGCAGAUCGGAGCGGUCUGGUCCACGUUGGUGAUGAGCUCCGAGAGGUGAAUGGGAUCGCCGUCCUGCACAAGCGUCCAGAUGAGAUCAGCCAGAUUCUGGCCCAGUCCCAGGGAUCCAUCACCCUCAAGAUCAUCCCUGCCACCCAGGAGGAAGACCGCUUCAAAGAGAGCAAGGUGUUCAUGCGUGCCCUCUUCCACUAUGACCCUCAGGAGGACCGGGCCAUCCCCUGCCAGGAGGCAGGCCUGCCCUUCCAGCGGAGGCAGGUCCUGGAGGUGGUGAGCCAAGAUGACCCCACCUGGUGGCAGGCCAAGAGAGUAGGAGACACCAACCUUCGAGCUGGCCUCAUCCCCUCCAAGCAGUUCCAGGAGAGGCGGCUGAGCUACCGGAGAACCACCGGCACCAUACCAAGCCCCCAGAACUUCAGAAAGCCCCCCUAUGAUCAGCCUUGUGACAAAGAGACCUCUGACUGCGAAGGGUACUUCAAAGGACACUAUGUGGCUGGUCUUCGGAGAAGCUUCCGGCUGGGCUGCAGGGAGAGGCCGGGUGGCUCCCAGGAAGCAAAGGUGCCUGCGGGGGCUGAGCCUCAGGUGCUGCUGACCUACGAAGAGGUGGCCAGGUACCAACACCAGCCUGGGGAUCGACCACGCCUGGUGGUUCUCAUUGGGUCUUUGGGAGCUCAACUCCACGAGCUGAAGCAAAGGGUGGUGGCCGAGGACCCCCAGCACUUUGGUGUUCCUGUUCCACACACCACCAGGCCCCGGAAGAGCCACGAGAAAGACGGGAUGGAGUAUCACUUUGUCUCCAAGCAAGCCUUCGAGGCUGACUUACAUCACAACAAGUUCCUGGAACAUGGUGAACAUAAGGAAAAUCUCUAUGGGACCAGCCUGGAGGCUAUUCAGGCUGUUAUGGCCCAAAACAAAGUUUGUUUGGUGGAUGUGGAACCGGAGGCACUGAGACACCUGAGGACCCCUGAGUUUAAGCCCUAUGUUAUAUUUGUGAGGCCUGCGAUUCUGGAGAAAAGGAACACACCGCCUGUAUCCCCAGACUCUGAGGACAUAGCAGUUCCACUUGAUGAGCAGCAGCAAGAGAUGGCCACCUCGGCUGCCUUCAUCGAUCAGCACUUUGGGCACCUGAUAGACACUGUGCUUGUGAGGGAGGACCUGCAGAGCGUCUGCAGCCAGCUCAGGGCUGUCAUAGACACUCUGAGCAAGGACACUUACUGGGUACCCAUCAGCUGGGUGAGGUAACUUCACCCCUUUUAGAAUCCAGUCUGGAGGGACCUCGAAGAUCACAUAGUUCCAAGCCUCCCUCGUGUACCGUCAAGGAAUCUCAAGUGCAGAGAGAAGCAGGAUUUCCCACCAAACCAUCGUGACUGAGCAUUAGUGGGGACCCUUGCCUGGUGUUUGGAUUUUUUUGUCUUU